AUGGCAGCACUCAGUGAAAAGGAGGCAGCUCAUCAGCUAGAAGAUUCAAGGGCCACCGCGACAGAUGAGGAAAUCAGCGCUGCCAAUGCAGACUUUGCUGCUGCUUUGAGUCAUAAUGCUCCCAGUCCAUGGGGACGUGGACACAUUGCCCUUUAUGGCUGCUGCCUUAUCGUGUAUCUUUGUUCCACGAUGAAUGGAUACGAUGGCUCUCUCAUGGGCAGCAUCAAUGCUUUACCAAACUACCUUCACUACUACAACGUGUCCGAAAAUGAACAGGCGGGCACUGGGAUCGUCUUUGCAAUCUUCCAGGUUGGGCAAAUGACAGGUGCACUGUUCGUCUGGUUGGCCGACUGGAAAGGCAGAAAGGUGCCAAUAUUCCUCGGCUGCGCCGGCGUGAUUGUCGGGACGAUCGUCACUGCCACAGCUAAGACGAUGGCUGUUUUCAUCGGCGGUCGCUUCUUGCUCUCGUUCUUCUGCACGUGGGCUACGACUGCAGCACCCAUGUACAUCGUCGAGAUCGCUCCCCCUCUGUAUCGGGGUACUGUGUCUGGACUCUAUAACACGCUCUGGUAUAUGGGUUCCAUCAUUGCCACCUUUGCUGUCUACGGGACUCAUCUUCAUUUUACCUCGAAUCUGGACUGGCGUCUGCCACUGUGGCUCCAACUGCUCUGCCCAGGUAUUGUUUGUCUCACGGUGUGGCUUCUUCCAGAAUCUCCUCGUUUCUUGGUUGCCACCGACCGCCUUGAAGAAGCUCGGGAUUUCAUUGUGAAAUACCACGCAAAUGGAGAUGCGGCGCACCCCAUUGUCAACCUCGAACUCAACGAAAUCCGACACAAUUUGCGUGAUGUUCCAUUGGCGUCAUGGAGCAACUUCUUCGAUCUUCGGAUUCUCGUCAAGUCCCGCUCGAGACGAUAUCGAAGCAUGUUGAAUCUUGCCUGGAGUUGGUUUGGCCAGUUCUCUGGAAACAACGUGAUAUCUUACUAUCUGCCCCUGCUCCUCACCAACGUUGGGGUCACGGACACCAAUACUGUCCUCUUGCUCAAUGCAGUGUACGCCUUGACGGGUUGGAUCGCUGCUGCUGCUGGAGCUCGCUUCCAUGAUGUGUUUGGCCGGCGUAAAAUGAUGCUCGGCUCGACGUUUGGCAUGAUCAUCUGCCUAUCCAUCACGGCCGGGACUGCGGCAGGAUACGUCAAUACUGGAUCUAAAAGCUCGUCUGAUGCGAGCAUCGCCUUUAUCUACGUCUUUGGUGUGGUUUUCGCAUUCGCUUACACCAGUAUGCAGCCCAUCUACCCUGCUGAAGUCAUGUCGAACGAAAUGCGAGCCAAAGGCAUGUGGCUCUUCCAGUUUACCGCUGGCCUCGCCUCAUUCGUCAACACGUUCGCCGCCCCCGUCGCCCUGAAGAACAUCAAGUAUUGGUUUUACGUCUUCUUUGUGUUCUGGGACUGCUUCGAGUUCCUGUUCAUCUAUUUCUUCUUUGUCGAAACCAAAGGCAGGACUCUUGAAGAACUUGAUGAGGUGUUUGAAGCGAAGAAUCCGAGGAAAGCAAGUACGAGAAAGAUUGUGGUAAGGAGGGGGGAGCUUGUCGACAAGGACGAUGUCCACGAUGUUCAGGUUUCCAAAGAAGACCAUCUCGCCUAA